GAGGGGCCGCGCGGGAGUCGGAGAAAGCCCGAGCGAGCGGCUCUCGGAGAGCUGCAUGCAACCGGUGGGAGGCCGACCCGGCUGGCGCUGCGGCUCGGGCGGGGAGCGCGGACCGGCCGGCAGCGGCGGCGGCGGCGGCAGCAGCAGCUCUGAGCUGGCAGGCGGAGGGCUUUCUCCCGCGCCCGCCUGCCCGGCGCGGUCCGAGGAUGCGGGGGGGCGAUGCCCGGGGCCAGGGACGCGCUCUGUCACCAGGCGCUGCAGCUGCUGGCCGAGCUCUGUGCCCGAGGGGCCCUGGAGCACGACAGCUGCCAAGAUUUCAUCUACCACCUGCGGGACCGUGCCAGACCCCGGCUCCGCGACCCAGAUAUCUCUGUGAGCCUGCUAACCCUCGUGGUUACCGCCUGUGGUCUUGCCCUCUUUGGUGUCUCUCUUUUCGUGUCUUGGAAACUGUGCUGGGUUCCGUGGCGAGAGCGAGGCCUGUUUUCUGGUGGCAAAGACAACAACCAAGAGCCUCUUAACUACACUGACACAGAGACAAAUGAGCAGGAGAACAGUGAGGACUUCCUAGACCCACCUACACCCUGCCCUGAUCCCUCCAUGAAGGUCAGCCACACCUCCCCCGACAUUCCCCUCUCCACCCAGCCAGGUGGCCAGGAGAACUGUGCCCACGCCGUCCGUGUGCAGCGACAAGUCACAGAGCCAACGCCGUCAGCUCGGCAUAACUCAAUCCGAAGACAACUCAACCUGUCGAACCCGGACUUUAAUAUCCAGCAGCUUCAGAGGCAGGAGCAGUUGACUGGGAUUGGUAGGAUUAAACCAGAGUUGUAUAAACAGAGGUCAUUGGACAAUGAGGAAGGGAGAAGAAGUAACAGCAAAGCCUGCGGGAAACUGAACUUCAUUUUAAAAUAUGACUGUGACUUGGAACAGCUCAUCGUGAAGAUCCACAAAGCCGUCAAUCUGCCCGCCAAGGACUUCUCUGGGACUUCAGAUCCUUACGUCAAGAUCUACUUGCUUCCUGACCGGAAAACAAAACACCAGACUAAAGUUCACAGGAAGACCCUGAACCCUGUAUUUGAUGAGGUGUUUUUAUUUCCUGUUCCCUACAAUGACCUCGAAGCGCGGAAGCUUCACUUCUCUGUGUAUGACUUUGACAGGUUCUCUCGCCAUGACUUGAUUGGUCAAGUGGUGGUGGACCACUUCUUCGACUUGGCUGACUUCCCCAGGGAGUGCAUCCUUUGGAAGGAUAUCGAGUAUGUCACCAACGAUAAUGUGGAUCUGGGCGAGCUUAUGUUUUCACUCUGCUAUCUUCCAACGGCUGGCAGGCUGACCAUCACCAUCAUAAAAGCAAGGAACUUAAAGGCGAUGGACAUAACAGGAGCAUCAGAUCCCUAUGUGAAAGUGUCACUGAUGUGUGAUGGCCGGAGACUGAAGAAGAGGAAAACAUCCACCAAGAGGAACACGCUUAAUCCCGUUUACAAUGAAGCCAUAGUCUUCGACGUCCCUCCUGAGAGCAUCGACCAGAUCCACUUGUCCAUAGCUGUCAUGGACUAUGACCGUGUAGGUCACAAUGAGGUCAUCGGCGUGUGCCAAGUAGGCAACGAGGCUGAGCGGCUGGGCAGAGACCACUGGAGUGAGAUGCUAUCAUACCCCCGGAAGCCCAUCGCACACUGGCACUCCCUAAUGGAGAAACGAUGACUAUGGAUAAGAAGACUGCUUGUGCCAAGGAAACAGUCAGACAACCAUGUAACAAAGAUCUUCAGUAACUUUUCCUACCUAGCAACACCCAGAUGACUCCAGUGAUGAAAUACUCAGCUGUGACCACAGCAAUAACUGGCCCUCUUUCCAAAUUGGAUCUGCUGAAUCUGAAUGGUUCAUCUGUUUUCUUCAGGUGGCCCAAGGUGAUAUGCUCUAGGGAAGCUCAUCCCUCACUGUCGAAAACCAAGUUGUCCUGUGGAAGAGAGCAGGUGGCGUAGUAAGAGUCCUGAGUGCCAAGACUCCUAGUGGUUAAUGUAAGGCCUUUGAUUGUAUGGGCAGGAUAUUGGUCCUGACAGUGGUCAGUCUAACAUGCAGUCAUUUGAUUGGAUGCCCUGGAAGGACAGAAUAUUUAAAAAUAUAUAUUUAUCCAGGUGCUAAAUAGGCAGCAGAUUUCAAAUCAAACUCUACUACCUGUGAGCUAAUGACUGUCUUCAGAGAAUAAUUCCACCCCAGGAAGUGUUCCAGUUUUCCAAGGAAUGGCCCAAGAGAAUACUAGACCAAGCCAGCCUGGAAAGUCAUGCAAGACAGGUCAGUUCAUAGCAGACUCACUGUUCCCUCCCAUACACAUGGCAUAGUCUCACUUAGCCAUGAUCAUUCUUCACAGCUGAACCCAGGUUCCGGGAUUCUAAAACAUUAUUUCCAGGUAGCCAGCAGCCUCUUACUUUCCAGCAGUGAUAUUACUAGAAUGAAACAUGCCAUCCUUAUUAGAGAUGCUUGUCUCCCAGUGGCAUGUACAUUUGGGAAUAGUCUUUCCUGGACACAGAAGUAUGUGUCAUGAAAUAAGAUCACUGAGAGAUGACACUAAGAAAACUCACAGCUUUUGGACUUUCUUGACACAACUGCCCUCUGGCUGUUUCCAUAUGCAAUAGCCCAGGGUAUAGACUUGGGCAGCCACAGAGAGAGGCUUUUUUCCAUCUCAGACACAGUUUUGCAGCGCUUGGGGAAUGGAAAUACCCACAAGAAUGAAGGCCAAGGGCUCUCUCAGGGUAGCUUAUCCAUUACCCAGCAUUCUUGACCAGUCCACUGCCAGUUCUGCACCUCAUCCUUCCUGUGUCUGCCUCCAGGAAAUGAAACCAAAGGCCACAGCAUCCCCUGAAUGGACCAGGGGCUGUUACCUAGAGGUCCUCUCUCAUCAUGGGUCUAGAAGGCCUUUCCCUUGCAUCACUACUCCACAAUUCCAUUUCCCCUCCAGUCUCUGUAACAUAGUCCAGAGUUGGGUUGCAGUUAACCAUCCUGGAGAGUGGCCUCUCUUCAUUUCACUUCAUGAUUCAGUGCAGGUUGCUCCUGAGAGAUGCAGCAUCACAGUAGAUGUUGGAAAGUUCUGGCUUCCAUACACACCUAGUACAAGAAAUCCUACUGCCAAUGCCAGAUCUUGUUGUAUGUUAAAAGGGUGGAGGCCUUUGGUUGUGUAAGGCAAUGUUAAUUCCCUCAAGCUUAGUUCGUUCCCCAGCCAGCCUGAUCCACUCCCAUCUCCUUCCAACUUCAUUUGAAGGGGUUCAAUGGGAACCUGUGUUCAAAGUUCAACCUAUGUCUGAUAAAUGAGAAAAACACACUUCCCUUCCCUGUGGAUCCUCUCUUGCCCAUCCCUUCCAUUCAGACAUCCAGAACCAUAUCAGUGUUUAGAACCAAAGUAUGAAGGGUGAGUGCCAACAGGACAGUGAACAGAAACACUGUCACUAGGUCCAGGCAGAUCCGCCUAGAAGAAUGGUCCCAAAGAAAUUAGAAUGGCUCCAGCAAAAGAUUACUAAGCAGCCACCUUAUCAAGCGUUUACAUGUCCUUGGUAAUGGGAGCCCAGGUUGGAGGUCCUGGGGUAGCCUGUUGUUCCCACCUCAGGAUCUCCUCGCCUUGAGCUAGCAGCCCCGGGGAACCAUGGAAUAAGCUACUGACUCAAGGAUAGCUUUGCGGGGGCAUUCAGGCGAAGAGGAAGACUGCCCACGCGGGGAACAGAUGGCUUUGUGUGUGGAUAGCUUUACCUAGCCAGUACAGCUGUGGCCAGAAGCUGGCUAUCAAUCUGAAUUCCCUCAGCUCAUUUGCAACUCUGCCUCUGUUCUCCUGUGUUCUGUUUGGUUGCCCUUUAGUUUCCUAGUAAAUAUUCCUUUUGAAAAAUUCA